UCCAAAAAAGAUUCAGAUAUACGAGACGUACGGAAGAAGUAGAAGCAGAGAAUAAAAAACCUCAACGAACAAAUGAAAUUGAAUGAUCAAUAAAGGAAGAAACGAGACAGAAGACAUGGACCCUUAUGGAAAGAAUUGUGGAAGAGAAGACCACGUCGAACAAUAGCAGGAACCGUGGACUGUCUAGUACUUUCUAAUAUGAAAAUAAAAAGAAGUAGUUAUCGGCUGAGCUAUUACUACAUCCUCAUUUAUAUGAUAUCCCAUCUGUGGAGCGGUACUGACAGUGAAUUGAUUCGAGGAUACAGUAUAAAUGUUCCUCAUCAUGUAACGGUCCAGAGAGGACUGUGUGUGUACAUUCCAUGCAGCUUUACUGUGCCUAGGACAGUAACAUUAACUAGAAAUGCUAAGGGAAUUUGGUACAAUAAGGAUGAGGAAUCUGUGGCUUCUAGAAGUAAUACCAAGUAUGAGACUAAUGGACGAUUCUUUCUGGUUGGAGAUGUAUGGAGAGGGGACUGCUCUCUCUACAUAGAGGAUCCAUUAUAUGAAGAUGAAGGUCAUUAUCGUUUCAGAGUUGAAGAAGAUAACAUAAAAUUCAGCUACCAAGAUAUCAAGCCUUAUGUAAAAGUAACAGACCUAAAUAAACCUGAGAUCUCACCCAUAAAGAGUUGGCUUGAUGGAGAGGAGGUGACACUGCGCUGCACAUCUCCUAGAACAUGUGUGAGGAGGAUAACCCCCAAAAUCACUUGGAGAGGAAAUAUCCAAAGCAGAAGACUGGUAAAUUGGGUUAAAGAUAAUGAAGAUGGUACAAAGACCCACUUCUCUACAAUCACCUUCACCGCGAGGAAGGAACAGAACAACUCUCCAUUGACAUGCACAGUAGAGCUGAAAGAGGGAUUGACCACUGUACAAGAAAUUACUAUGAAAGUUGAAUAUAAACCACAAAUCAUCGGAGGGAGUUGUCGUAAAGUUGAAAAUCGCCUUGAAUGCACAUGUCAAAUUCAAUCAUUUCCUGAACCGAAUCUAAAGUGGAUACACAAUGGGGUGUUUUAUAAUAACUCAAACCACACGAAUGCCAAAGUCAGUAUUUUCACUCAGACAUCUAAUUCAGUUACCAACAGCACCAUGACCCUUCCAGUCAAUGCAGAAGAGAGUCAGAAUAUUCAGUGUGUGGCUUCCAAUUUACACGGAGAGCUUGUUCUGGGGCUAUUCAAUGAAACAGCUCAGUUAACGUCUAAAGCAUUUCCAUCUGCUGCGAUAUAUGGUGGAUGCUUUGCAGCUGUAUUAAUAGUGACUGGAAUUUUAUUAAUAAUUUUCUACAGAAAAAAAAAGAUGAUGCAGAAUAAAGAAGCUACAAGGCGGACCCAUGCUGAUGUUGUUGAUCAUAUCUACGGAAAUUCAGAAAUGUUUUCUCAUGGUCCCCAUGAAGUUGGGAAAAUUCCUCAACAGGACCGCCAACCACCUUCAGAAGAUGGAUCAGUACAUCUGAAUUGCCAAAAUGUACAAUACAUGAGUGUUGACUUUUCAAAGCUGAAACCAAAAGUUGCAGAAACAGAUACAGAUGCGGAGGAAGUCGAGUAUUCUGUGGUUAAGCGUAGAACCUGAGACUUUAUUUUUCAAUACAACCCAAUAUUAAAGUAUGCAAAUGCCUAUGGA